UACGUAAUUUGUAUUACAUUAGCUAUGAUAUGAUUAAUUGAAUUGAAGUGAUUGUCAUCAGUAAUAGUGUAUUACAUGAAUAAAUCAUAAAUAGUGUUAAAUCGCUAAUUGAUUAACAAAGAUGAGUGUCAGCCGUCGGCUCUUAUUGUUGUCCAACUCGACGAUGUCGGACAAGCCUUACAUGGAGUGGUCUAAAGACCUGAUCUAUCAAUUCCUCGGCAGUAAUGUUAAGAAUGUUGUGUUCAUACCAUUUGCUGGCGUAAGCAUUGAUUGGGAUAAAUAUGAAGAUAAGGUUAAGACAGCACUGAAUAAGUUGAACAUCACAUCCAUUCAUAAGACAAGAAAUUAUUUGGAAAGUAUAGCUACAAGUGAUGCCAUUAUGAUUGGUGGCGGCAAUACAUUUCAUUUGCUUCAUCAACUUCAACAUUUCAAUUUGAUUGAUGCCAUCCGUAAGCGUGUCAUCGAUGAUGGCAUUCCAUACAUUGGUUGGUCGGCCGGUUCUAAUGUGGCCACUCCUGACAUCGGCACCACUAAUGAUAUGCCAAUUAUAUGGCCUCAAACCGAAAGUGCCCUUAAUUUGGUUAACUAUAAUAUUAAUCCUCAUUAUAAUGAAUGGAAACCUGAGGGACAUCAGGGAGAGAGUAGGUCUGACCGACUCAAUGAAUGUAUUGUCGUUAAGAAGAGACCUAUUGUUGCCAUUAGUGAAGGGUUGGCCAUUCGCGUGGAGGGCGACCAACACAUUGUGGUCGCACCCGAUCUUAAUAUACCUAACAAUAAGAGAAUGGUUAAGAUUUGGAAACAUAACAAAGCAGCUAAUGGUGACAAUAUUCAAGUGAUUGAUAUCAGCUAUGGUCAAGAUAUUGCUCCCAUUGUUAACAAUUGAAUCAUAUUUUCUAAUAGUCUUUAAAAUAUUUUAUUAUAUUACGAUAAAUAUGAAUUUAAUUUUGUAAAAACAAUGUUUGUUUAAGAAAUGAUUAAAUUUAUACAUUUAUAAACUGAGAUAAAAUAUAUUUUAUAAAAUACAAGUA